AUGGCAGCAGCAAACCUUGACUCUAUCCAGAUCCUUUCUGAGGCGGCCUAUGGCUGUGAACACCUCGCGGCUGUCCUCCGGGACCAACAGACUGCUGGCCAGUUCAAAAGCGGUUUCCGAAAACACCAUGACUCCCUGGCUCCAUUUACAAAACCGGAGGCAGUGGCAGUUCAAGCUUCGGGUCUUCGGACCGUGGCAACUUUGAAACCAAAAUACCACUGUUUGACAUGCUCAGAGACGUGUUUGAACUCCGAGCGGAAAGCACACACAAAAAAGACCGGACAUGUGUUUUACAUGGAAUCCCGCAAUCGCUUCAUAUUCUGCGAGACAUGCGUGGAUUUUGUCUACGACCAUGGUCUGGAAAAGCUCUGUGGCCCUGUCAUCAAGCCUGAAAACGCAGAUGAAAAAGGCAAGUGGGUGGAGGACUCUGCAUCAGAGCUCUACGUCAAGAAUAAUGCCUACAAAAACCCAUGCUCCCGCCGUGGUGCUCGGGGCGUGUGGAAUAUGGGACAGACAUGCUACCAAUCAGUCAUUCUACAGGCCUUACUCCAUGAUCCAACCUUGAACGCCUACUUCCUAGCGGGUGGUCAUGACGUACAUACUUGCAAAAGGAGCUUCUGUAUGGCCUGUGCCGCUGCCGAGGUGUUUAUGGAUUUUAACAGCGGUGAAAAAACCGACGCCGUUUCAGCUGCAACUCUCCUCUACCAUGGAUGGGACGCGUCAAGGGAAAUGGCAGGCUACCGACAACAGGAUGCCCACGAAUACUUUCAAUUUCUGGUCAAUUCUCUUCACUCUUGUACGCCAGGGCACUCAGAGAGCUAUGGCACCAAGUGCGAAUGCUUCUUCCACCAAACAUUCUAUGGCGAACUUCGCAGCAGCGUCAUGUGCCACAAAUGCGGCAAAACAACCCACACCUAUGACCCAAUGGCAGAUUUGAGUCUCGACGUGCAACUUCAAAACAAGAAGCGUAAGCUGGGCCGAUCGACUGCUUCCUCCACCGCAACCUUGACUGGCUGCCUUGACAGUUAUACGGCUGUCGAGGACCUUCACGCAGAUGCCGCAUAUCAUUGUGAAAAAUGCGGAAAUACACCCCAGCGCGCGUCCAAGCGACUCCAGAUUCGCAAACUGCCUGUAAUACUUUGCAUGCAACUAAAGCGCUAUGAGCAUACCUCGUCCUCUUCCGAGAAAAUGGAUGGACAUAUCGACUUCCCUAUAACCCUCAACAUGCUCCCUUAUACCGUCAAAAAAGACAAAGAGCGCGUCGACACCUCAAAGUACAUUUACGACCUCUCUACAGUCAUCGUUCAUCAAGGAACGAUGGAUACUGGCCAUUACUAUGCCUACACCCGCUUGGGAGCUGAUAAGUGGGCUCUGAUGGACGACAACAAGGUCACGGUUGCUAGUGUCGCAGAUGUUCUGCGACAGAAUGCAUACCUGCUGUUCUAUAGCAUUCGAUCUAUAGACACGGCAAAUAAUAAUCCUAAAUAG